UGCUAGAAUACAGUCAAUUUUUUCAAAGUUUCAGAGAACUAAGAUUCUCCUAAUACUAUUUAUAUCAAGUAAAUAAUCAAUUAUAUUUUUAUAUUCCUUAUUAACUUGUCCCAUCCCAUAAAUAAAAAUGAAUAUGUGUUACCAUGACCUUCAUUUCUUGAUCAUUCAGGUAAAAUUCACAGUGAUAUCGUAUCGAAUGGCAUAACUGGUGGCCCGGCCAGCAGAUGGCGGAACCGGCGGGGUGAGUACACGUGCCUGUAAACGGACAAUCCAUAAAACUGGAGCACUCGGUUCUCGAAGACUAAAAAUGUGAGUGGAUGCCGAUCGUAGCACGACAUCUGCCACUCGUGCACAGUUUUACGUUUAUCAGUGUCUAUUAUUAUACGUUAUCUUGUAAAUAGUGAGAGUGGUGACGGUCAUCAAUUACCGAAUACGGUCUCAUUGGACUGCAGCAUUUGUCGUUCCUGUUACUUAGUAUAAAUCCCGAGCAUGUGCAGGCUGUCGCAUGCGGCGCUGGCGGUAAAUAUAACGUGAUUGCACGAGGGGUCGCUCCGAUAAUUUAUACAUGGAAUCGUCCGCUGACGUGUAAUCGAUUUAUGGGACUAAUUGAAAGACAAAAUAUAGCGAAUCCUUGAAGUAGUAAAAUUUAAAAGCAAGUAUAUAGGAAAGAAGAAUAAAUAAGAUGACUAUCGCUGAAAAUCUGAAGAACAAGGAUGGUUCAAAUCCUCAUUUGAAAUUUGGUGCUGUGAAGAGGUCUUCUGAUGAUGCCGAUGACGGUCGAGAUUCUAGCAAAGAUUCUCGUAGUGGCAAUUCUCAAGUCAUCCGUCGCGACGAGGAGGUCGUGAACGAAUCACAAUGCACUGACGUGACGCCCUUGCAGAACUUCAAUCCUGACAGUAAGCGCCAGCACGAGAAUGGCCUUUUACAUGAACGUACUGUCCUCAGUAAAGCGGAAGUGGACCGCAAGGAUCUUGAAAUCGGAAGUGAUGAUCGUGAGGGAAGUGAACCACCCGAUGGUGGCGUUCGAGCCUGGAUGAUAAUGGUUGGCAGCUUUGUUAUCAACGGCGUCCUCUUCAGUGUCAUCAAUACUUACUCCCUGAUUUACAUAGAACUGAGGCAGCGGCUAAUUGAUGCUGGAGAAACGGAAGCUUCUUUCAAAGCUGCAUUGGUCGGCUCCCUCACUAUCGGAACGACGUUCUUCUUGUCGCCAAUCGCCGGGAUUCUAACUGACAAGAUCGGUAUACAAAUAACGACCUUUAUAGGCGGUGCACUUGCUUCCGGGGGAAUGUUCCUGUCCUCCCUACUUACUGAUAAGGUGGAGGCACUGUACCUUACGUAUGGUGUGAUGUACGGUCUCGGUGCGAGUCUUGCUUAUACUCCCAGUCUAGUGAUACUCGGUCAUUAUUUCAAGCGUUACUUGGGCCUGGUAAAUGGUAUCGUUACUGCAGGAAGUUCUGUAUUCACUAUUUUGAUACCGUACUUGAUGGACAUCCUACUGAAGCGCAUAGGUCUCGAAGGAACUCUUAGAAGUCUUGCAGGACUCACGGCUGUGGUGAUGGCCUGUGCCGUGCUCUUCAAACCCAUUACUCUUAAGAGACCCGUGCGACAGUCGUCAUUGCAGACGAGGAGUUUUCGUAGAAAAUUGCAGGAAAUCAUCAACGUCUCAAUAUGGAAGCGCAAGCGAUACGUCGUUUGGGCCAGUGCAAUACCGUUAGCGUUAUUUGGAUACUUCGUCCCCUAUGUACAUAUCGCAACGUUCGUCGAGAAGGUCUUCAAGGAUGCCGACGGUAAGCUUCCGGUUAUGUGUAUCGGUAUCAGUUCCGGUAUCGGUCGUCUCGUUUUUGGAUACAUCGCCGAUUUGCCACGCGUCGACAGAGUGCUUCUGCAGCAGAUUUCAUUCAUCAGCAUCGGUAUUCUGACUAUGCUGCUACCAGUGACCAGUUCCUUUAUCCUCCUGCUACUCAUAUCACUCUGCAUGGGUCUCUUCGAUGGCUGCUUUAUCUCAUUAUUGGGCCCUAUAGCCUUUGACAUCUGCGGUCAACAAGAUGCUACUCAGGCUAUUGGUUUCUUACUCGGAAUGUGCUCGAUUCCAUUGACAGUAGGCCCACCGAUCGCUGCUCUACUUUACGAUCACACAGGAUCCUACGAUCUACCAUUCUUAUUAGCUGGAGUCCCACCAAUAGUCGGCGCUUUGGCAAUGUUUUUCGUCAGAUGCGUCAAGGACGAUAAAACCACAGAACCCGUCGAUCCAGCCUGUCAAUCCCUCAACUCAACCUGGCAGAAUGGGAAUCCAAGAAACAGCACGAUCCCGCCACCUUACACAGAGGCUGAUGAGAAUCGACGUCGGCAAGGAUUUUCCAAAAGAGAAGGGAAGGAACUCCAGGAUUUACGCGCCAAUGGAAACCCGCCGACUUCGCCGUAGAAGAAUUUAUCGAACUGCGCGUCGAUUAAACAGCGACGUAGGAAAGUUUAUUGAAAACUAUUUUUUGUCCUUUCUCUUUACACGAAGUAUGAAUGCGUUUUUGCGCGUGCUUACCCAACAAUUCCCAAUGACAAUGACAGCCGCAUUAUAAAUUAUGUCUGUAUCAAGUUAAGCGGUGGGUUACUGGAAGUAUAGAUUUUAAAAAGAGAAAUCUUGCCAAUGUCAUUGUUUCGUCUUUCUGUUUAUAAAUUUCCAAAAUUUUUAAUAUUUUUUCAAUCAAAUUUCAUGAAAUCAUUGGCAGUCAUCAUUUUUUCAUAAAAUUAUUCAAUUAUCCCUCGUAUGUUUACAUAAAGAUGACCACUUGCAAUAGCAUUUUUCACUUUUGUUUUGCAUUUAAAACCUGGUGAUUAAUCUCACUUUUGAUUCAUGAUUGGUCGAUGAUCAAAGAACAAAUUCUCAUUUUACACAAUUUUUUUAAAAUUUGAAAUAACUUAAUGAUCACGUAGUACGUGACGAUCGCAUGUACUGGAACGAACGAAUGAUUAAUGAUACAAAGAUACAAUAUUUUAUCUCGCGUGGAAAAUAAUAUUUUUCGCAUAAAUAUUUCUGACCGUACAGUAGAGUGCGGGAUAGCCGAUUAAUCUCUUGAAUAAGAAAAGUAUUUUUCAAAUGAAGAUAUCAAGAAGGAAAUAACGUCAAACCGCACGCAACGCGCGUCGAAAAGCAUAAUUGAUAUUCUGGUCGCCGUUUUAGUCGCAGUUUAUAAUUAUUAAAGAUUCGCCCUAAAGGCGAAUGUGAAAUUCUUGAAAGAAAUCAGACGACGUUGAUUGAAUCAUAGUAUCCAUAGACUCCUGAGCUACCUCGAUUCGCUUAUCACAUAGGGAAUUCAAUUAUUACCUAACUAUUUUAUAUAAAUAUAUUAAUACAAUCUGUGCCCGUUAAUAUAGUUAUUAUUGUUACUAUUACUAUUAGUACUACCGUUAUCAAUUAUCAUUCAGGGAGCAGAAACGAUGCCUGGGGUAAAACAGAAAAAUAUAUUAAAAUUAUAUCAGUGCCAUUGAAAGCGCUCGAUCAGUUUAAAUCAAAUUUUAAUUAACCUAUCGAAUCUCCUACCGAUAAUGAAUCUGAAGUAAAAAUCGAUCAUUAUUAUUUGUAUCAACUGACUGCUGAUAUAUGUAUAUGUAGAUGGAUCCAAAGAGAAGAACUUGCCAUUAUUUUGGAAAAAUAUUGAUUUAUCACAAUUCGUGGGUAGGAUGCGUAUGAUAGAAACGCAGCCUUAAGAUGCAUGUAAUAUUGGAUCUAUAUUAAUCAAAGCGUAAUAUAUAUUUGUAAUGAACAUAAAGUUACAAGAGCUGUUUAGAAAACAGAAAACUGAAGAUCAACUAAAUUACGUAUUAUAUAACAUGUGGGCAUAGAUUUACGAGAACACAUGUUAAAACGUGGCAUACAAUAAUUAAUAUCGAGAGAUAAUCGAUAGUGAUGAAUUUAUGAAUUAAUUACUAUCAGCGAGUAUAUAUCAACGAAAUCAUUUAUUAUUCUUUUAUUGUCAGUUGAGCGUCGCGACGCUAUAGUAUGCGUACCACCCAGACCGCGUGUUUAGCCUUUUUAACGUUGUGCAACGAGCCUUAUGAAUCAAUUGAGAAAUAAUCUAGAAGUGAUGAACUCGGAAGCUUUACGCGUUUAUUUACAAUAGAAGCUGCCAUACUGUGCUGUAUUGAUUAUCAAAUACUUCGUGUCGAUAGCUGUCCAUCGUAUUAAUUAUUAGCACAAUUAUUAGCUUUUGAUGGAGCAAUUCGGGUACUAGAGAAGUACUUAAAUCUUUAGGAAAAAUGGAACUAUGAUAUAUAUUUUAGAGAGAUUUCCCAAAAAGCUGCAUGUCGUAUUUUAUAUCUAUGUAUGUUGAACCAGUAAAUAAAUCUAUGUACGUUAA